GGAGCGGGGUUGCCGAUGGCCCCACGACACCAACGCCCUCGACGGAACUUCUCUCUUUAAGGGAAAUUUGCCCUCUGUUGGCGCCCUUUACCCCACUUCUGGCGGAGUUUUUACUACACGACUGGCGGAGUUUUACCCCACGAUUGGUGCCAUUUACCCCACGAUUGGCCGAGUUUCGGUGCCUUUUACCCCACGAUAGGCGGAGUUUUACCCAAGAUUGGUGUCUUUUACCCACUGUUGGUGCCCUUUACCCCACGAUUGGCGGAGUUUUAUUGGCUGCGAAGAGGGAAAGGGGGAAAAAGAAGGACGAUGGCGAAUUUACUAGAUCUGAAGGAUUUUUGGAGGAAGAUCCGCGAGCUGUACACUACGGUUGUGGGAUCUAUGAGAUAUGUGUUUGGCUCGGUAAUCAUGAUUGGGGUGGCCCCAGAAUACCUCGCAAUAUGGCUUGUGUGGCGAGGUGCUUCACUAGUAUUCCCGUCCUGGAUAUACCAGUGGGGGGAUGACAAACUCUAUUCUCUCUAUCAGCGGCUAGUUCUCUUUUUCUUUGAGACGUGUACAAAUUUAGAGGUGGUGUUAUAUGGUGAUGCUGUAGAUGCUCUGAAGAAGAGAGAAAGUGUCUUAUAUCUUGCCAACCAUCAGUCAACAGUUGACUGGCUUGUUGCUGACAUGAUCUCUGUCCGAGGUGGAUCUUUAGGACACCUGCGCUAUGUGAUGAAAGACACACUACAACUAAUGCCUCUCUAUGGGCACUACUUCUACGCACAUGGCUGUAUUUACGUGAAACGAGGGAAGUUCAGUCAGAACAAAAUGAUUGAGGCCCUGGACUACCUCAGACACCCAAAGAUUCCUACGUGGUUGGUGAUCUUCCCAGAGGGUACACGCUACUAUCCGGGCAACCCUGACGUCAUCCAGAAAGCAGAGCAGUAUGCAAAGGACAACAAUCUUCCGGCAAUUGGAACAGUGACUGCUGCUAAGGAAGAUGCCAAGGUCUCGGUUAGAAAGUGCUCCGAGAAAACAGUGCUGAAGCAUCACUUGGUCCCCAAAACCCGAGGAAUGUGGUUAGUCAGCCGACAGUUACACGAUAAGAUUGAUGCCAUAUAUGAUGUCUCAGUGUUCUAUGAUGGGACUGUGAACAAGCAAGGCAUCAGAGGAAAUGCACCACAGCUUAUAGAUUUCCUAAUGGGGAAGUGCAAGAAGGUUCAUGUACACAUCAGGCGCAUCCCAAUGUCUGAAGUGCCGAUGGAGGAGGAGAAAGUCGGAAAAUGGCUACAUCAGCUUUAUAGGGAGAAAGACGAACUGGCUGAGAACUUCUUCACCCCAGAUAGUGAGAAACGAAAUAACGUUGAAAAGCUGUUGAAUGGCCACAAGUCUUCACUAAAUCUUUGGUCAACUCUCUCCUCUUUCCUGUUCUUUAGUGUUCUCUCGGUGCCAUUCCUCUGUACUAAAGUUGGAAGGCAGAUGUAUGUAAAUUUGCUGCUCUAUGGAAGCCUUGGAUCGUAUGGGUGGCUUGUCAUUCGUAAUGUUUGUUAAGACUAUUUUUGAAGAGGAAAAUACUUGAUAAUGGAGGUGUUAAGUUAAUUUUUUUGUUUUGUUUUUGUUUUUCUUUCAUGUCCUUGCCAAGUGAUGACAAAUGGCAUAAGGAACAAAGUAGAACAGCAUAAGGGGCACCUCCAGAUCCGUUUCAAGAAAUCACAUUAAGGGUGAAACAGGAGUUAAUUAGGAAACAGUUUUUAUGUGUAUACUAGAGUGAGAUGUUAUGAAUGCAUAAUUUUUGGGAUGUUUAAUGGUAUUGGACCAUCCCAGUGACUUUUAUGUAAAGAAUGUGGUUAAUGGAAACAUGUUAAUGAAACAUUUGUCUCAGAUCUUCCGUUGUGCACAGACAGAUUUUUGAAGUAUUACAUGGGUUUUCAUGACAUGCAAGUCAGUUUCACUGGAUAUAAAGAACAGAAAUUGACACAUUUGAUUAUCAUGUAAUUGUUCAUAUUGUAAUUAUUGUAUAUUAUCUAGGAGUCUUUCAGUAGAUGAAACAAGAUAUUUCUUUGUCAUAUAGUAAAUGAAGCUUGUCAGAAAUAAAGAAAUAUUCUCAUAAAUGAUGAUUUGUUUUUGAUAGCUAAUUCCAGCAAACUGAAAAAAAUACAUGCAUGAGCUUACAUGUACACUAGAUAUGUAUGGUAUACUGGACUAAUCCUUAUAAUAAUUUCUUUAACACACUGAUUCUCCAUUAUAUUUCUGUUGUAAAUCUCGAGUAUUUGUAUUAUCAGAUACAGAAAUUUGAAUAUAUUGCUUGAAAAGGAAGGCAGAAGAAAAAGAAAUAAAGGAAGAAAAAAUUUGUAAUAGAUAUCUCUAUCUGCACACACACAUGUGCAAUCCCCACCCACAAAUGUGUGUACAUGUAUGGAUAUUUGCCAGCCAUUAAUAUUAUAUACAAUUUUUUUUUUCUUUCUACAAAAAAUAGAUGCUCAAUAUGUUUUUUGCAUGGCAAUAGUGUUUCUGAAAAUUAGUUUUAUUUGCAACAGUGUUCUUUCUACUUAUUGAAGGAAAUUACUUUGUCAUCAUGACGUUAGGUUUGUUUGUGAACAAAAAUAUUGUUUAUAAUGUUAAUAAUGAAUAUAAUCAGUAAGGUAAUGCUGUUUUUUUUUUGUUGUUGCAUAUCAACACUGGGAAAGUGAUUAUCACAGGAUGCACUUGUAUAACUGUGAAAUUGAAAGAGACUGGACAAGUGUUUAAGGAAGUAGCAUGUCUUUGAGAAAUUGGCGACAAUUUUACAGCAUGUAAAACUUAUGUAGAGGUGUUAUGUUUUUUUGUUACAUUUUUUUUCUCUCUUUCUUGCAUUUUAUUUUCUUUCAUUCUUCUUUGGUGGUUUUGUUUAUGUAAAAUUAUUUUAUUUUAUUAUUUUUUUUCUGUAGAUACAGUAGCAUUAUAGGAGUCUUUUGGUGUGGAGGAAAAUAAUAAUUUUUAUAUUGAUUUUUAGAAAUAGACAAUGUUUCUUUUUUCUGCUGCCUUUGGUGUUGUUUUAUUUGUAUGGUUACUGCACAUUUAAGAAGUACAAUGUAGACUGGUAUUAGGGCAACAUAUUUUUCCAAAAAAAAAAA